AUGAAGGAAGAAAUUCAAGCUUUGGAGGACAAUGGUACAUGGACAACUGAAGAUUUACCAUCGAGAAAGAAAACUAUAGGAUACAAAUGGAUCUAUAAGAUCAAAUAUAAUUCAGAUGGGUCCAUUGAGCGACACAAAGCAAGACUGGUGAUUCAUGGAAACAGACAAGUUGAAGGCAUCAACUAUAAUGAGACGUUUGUUCACACGACAAAAAUGGUGAUAGUUCGAACAUUUUUAGCCAUUGCUGCAGCCAAGAACUUCCAACUACAUCAAAUGGAUGUCCGCAAUGUGUUCUUGCAUGGGGACUUGGAGGAAUAA